CGGUGACAGCGCCGGGUGAACAGGAAAGGGCUGGUAGGCGUUGAUAGAGGUGCCUGAAAGUGCGUUGAGAAGUCAAGUCAACCUAGAGCUCAAGCACAACAAAAUCAAGACCAAGUUCACGGGGCGAUGACUGCAGCGGCGGCAGCGCGACUUGGAGCGGGCGGGGCCAUCUCGAUCUCCCGGUUCCGGGGAGCGCUGGUCGGUGCAGUUUUGGGGGAUUGCAUAGGCGGAGAGUUCGAGGGAGCGGAAGAGGUUCCGAUGGAACGAGUUCUGCAGCACCUGAACGGGCUGGACCAGGACAGCGACUGUAUUCUGCAGUACAGUGAUGACACCGCAAUGACCCGCUGUGUGGUUCAGUCUCUACUCACCAGAGGAGGGUUUGACCAGCAGGACAUGGCACACAGGUUUGCUGAGGAGUAUCGCCGCUCUCCGGGGCGGGGCUACGGCUCAGGUGUAAUCCAGGUGCUGCGGAAGCUGGCCUCCCCGCAGCUCAGCGAUGUCUUCCAGCCCGCACGCGCUCAGUUCGGGGGGCGCGGUUCCUUCGGCAACGGCGGCGCCAUGAGGGCGGCGCCCUUCGCCCUGGCAUUCAGAAACAUCGCCGACGUCAAAAGGUACGCCGGGCUGGGUGCGAUGCUCACACACUCCUGCUCUCUGGGGUAUAACGGGGCCGUGCUGCAGGCGCUGGCUGUGCACUACGCCCUGCAGGGGGCGCUAGCUGUGCCUCAGGCCUUCAUCAACAAGCUCAUAUCUGAGAUGGAGGCGGUGGAGAGCGAAGACCAGGCCCGCAGCGACGCCCGAGCGCUGAACGAGCCGGAGCUUCCUUUCUGCGCUCGGCUGCACAGGGUGAAGGAGCUGAUGGAGCAGAGCUCCGUCAGUGUGGAGGAGGUCAUCUCUGAGCUGGGGAACGGUAUUGCGGCCCUGCACUCCGUCCCCACCGCCAUAUUCUGCGCGCUGCACUGCCUGGAGCCGCGCGCGGGACUGCCUGAGCAGUACGGGGGCCUGGAGAGGACGCUGGCGUACUGCCUGGCGCUGGGCGGGGACACGGACACCAUCGCGUGCAUGGCCGGCGCCAUCGCGGGCGCGCACUACGGCGCGGACGCCAUCCCGCCAUCCUGGCAGCGCUGCUGUGAGGGCGCGGAGGAGGCGGAGGCCUGGGCCAGCCGUCUGCACCUGCUGUACCACCAACCGCCACAGGAGGGAGACAGCGAGACACAGCACAGCAACACACAGCCGCGCUCACAUACCAACACACAGCCUUCAAAACACACCGACUGAUACACACACACACACACACACAGCCCUCACCACAUACCGACUGAUACACACACACACACACACACACACACAGUCCUCAACAUAUACCGACUGAUAUACCCACACACACACACAGCCUUAAACACACACACACACACACAGCCCUAAACACGUACCGACUGAUAUACACACACACACACACACACAGAGCCCUCAACACAAGCGCACGCACAUGCACAUACACACACACACACACAAACAGAGCCUUCAACACACACACACAUACACAUGCACAAACAAGCCUCAACACACACACACACACAGAGCCCUGAACACACACCGACUGAUACACACACACACACACAAACACACAGGCCUUGCUUCUACACGUCUCUUUCUGGGAAAGAAAUCCGAUGUGAUUUAUUUUAUUACUUUAAUGUAACUCAGUUCCUAAUAAAAUUGUAAAGAAAAGCUGAA